AUGGAAAAGUUACUGCGCCCUGAUCGUUUCGAGACUGAUCCUAAUUCCCCAACAUCAGCAAAAGAAUGGGCUCACUGGAUCACAACAUUCAAUAAUUUUGUCGAAGUAUCAAAAGUAAAGGAGGAAGACAAACUCAAGGUACUCACUAACUUUUUAGGACACUCAGUAUAUGACAGUGUCAGCGAAUGUACAACGUACGGAGCAGCUAUCAAAAUAUUGACUGAUAUCUACAUCAAACAAAAAAAUGAGAUCUUUUCUCGGCAUUUGUUAGCCACAAGAAAACAGCAAAUGAAUGAAUCUAUUGAUCAAUACCUUGGAUUUUUAAAAAUCUUAUCUAAGGAAUGUGCUUUUAAAUCCGUUUCGGCCAUCGAAUACAGAGAUGAAUAUAUUCGAGAUUCUUUUAUCAAUGGUCUUUUGUCUAACAAUAUUCGUCAACGCUUAUUGGAGAACAACACAUUGAAAUUAGAGGAAGCUGUAACUCGGUCUCGGGCAUUGGAAAUGGCUCAAAAGCAAUCUGAAGUGUAUAGCAUGCCUCUGACUCAAGGAUCUGUGAACGCUCUAACCGAGGAUACUACUUCAAUGAUCAAACCUGAUAAUAAUCAACCAACAGUAUCAGCGAUACAACAAAAAUGUUACUUUUGUGGCUAUGACAAACAUCCUCGCAGCUCUUGCCCAGCCAGAGAUGCUGUAUGUAAAAAAUGUGACAAGAAGGGACACUUUUUGAAGGUAUGUAGAUCAAAAACAAAAUCCGAUAGCGCAUUUGUGUCCAUGGCUACUCUAGCUUGUGUAACUGCAACUGUACCAGGUCUCUUGUCUAAAGCUAUUAUUAGAGUAAAAAUAAACAACAUUGAUGCAAAUACUCUUAUUGAUACUGGUAGCUCUAAUAGUUUUAUUAAUGAAGAAUUUGUCCAAAUUCACAAAAUAAAAUCAUAUCCAGAAAACGGACAGGUACUUCUGGCGACAACUACCUAUUCAUCAAACCUAAAAGGUUAUGUUCUUGUUGACUUACUGUUACAAGAACACACUUACAAAAAUCUCAAACUAUCUAUACUCCCUAAAUUAUGCUCAGAUAUUUUAAUAGGUCAUGAUGUACUAAGAACUCACUCUAGUAUUGACCUUACAUUCGGGGGACCAAAACCACCAUUAUCAAUUUGUAAUAUGACUUUUGUAAAUAUAGAGCCACCUCGACUCUUCAAUAAUGUUGUUAAAGACUGUAAGCCAAUAGCAGUUAAGUCACGUCGCUAUUCGGAUGAAGAUGCUAAAUUUAUAAGGGAGGAUGUCACUAAAUUAUUGUACGAUAAUAUAAUUGAAGAAAGUACUUCGCCCUGGCGAGCUCAGGUUUUAAUCACUAAAAGUGAAAAUCGUAAAAGGCGCAUGGUUAUAGAUUACUCACAGACAAUAAACAAAUUCACUCUAAUGGACGCUUUUCCCUUACCCAAUAUCGAUGAACUAGUCUCUAAGGUCGCGCAGCAUACCAUCUACAGUACCAUAGACCUGCGCAGUGCUUACCAGAUCCCCAUACACGAAGAUAAACGUCAAUAUACAGCAUUUGAAGCAGGAGGUCGAUUGUACCAAUUCAGAAAAAUUCCAUUUGGUGUAACUAAUGGAGUGGCCUGUUUUCAGAGAGUAAUAGAUACUAUAAUAUCCCAAGAAAAUCUUGAUGGAGUCUAUGCGUACCUCGAUGACAUAACUAUUUGUGGAAAUAAUCAAACUGAACAUGAUUUAAACUUAAACAAGUUUCUUACUAUAAUAAAGAAAUAUGGACUCAUAUUGAAUGAGGACAAAUGUCAGUUCUCGAAAUGUGAAAUCUCACUACUUGGUCACCACAUUAGCAACAAGCGUAUAAGUCCAGACCCUGAAAGAUUAAAACCACUGUUGAAUCUACCACAACCUAAGGAUGACUCAUCAUUGAAACGAGUACUAGGUAUGUUCUCCCAUUACUCUAAAUGGAUUCAAGGUUUCUCUGACAAAAUCCGCAAUUUGGUAGACUGCGAAUCAUUCCCUAUGUCACCUAUAGCAGCAGCUGAUUUUGAACGCAUAAAACAGGAUAUUGCUAAAUCAGUGGUAAAUUCAAUUAAUAGUGAAGAACUGCUGGUAGUGGAGAGUGAUGCAUCUGAUUUUGCUCUAGCCGCAACUCUAAGUCAGAGUGGUCGGCCUGUGGCAUUUUUCUCAAGGAGUCUCACUGAAGGUGAAAAAAGACACCCAUCUGUAGAAAAGGAAGCAUAUGCAAUCGUAGAGGCUGUGAGAAAGUGGAGGCACUUUCUUAUUGGAAGACAUUUCAAGCUAAUAACAGAUCAGGAAGCGGUCUCGUUUAUGUUCAAUCUAAAACAUUCCAGCAAGAUAAAAAGUGACAAGAUAACAAGAUGGCGACUUGAGCUCUCAUCUUUCAGUUACGACAUAGUAUACCGCCCUGGUAAGGAAAAUACGGUAGCGGAUGCUUUCUCAAGAGCCUGUGCAAACAUUAAUAAUCCAAGUAAGCUUUUUGACCUUCACAAAGCAUUGUCACAAUGGUAUGACUAG